GCAACGAACGGCCGCGGCAGCGACAGCUAUCGCUUCAGAGGAAGCGUCUGCGGAGGAGGAAGAAGAGCAGGGCAAGGCGGGAGUCACAGGCGGGACCCUCGCCAUGGGUCCGCGGACCUAGAGCGGCGGAAGCUACCGGCCCGGUGCCGAGCUGGCCGCUGCUCCUUCCUGUGGCCCCCAUGGCUGAGGACUGGCUGGACUGCCCAGCCUUGGGCCCCGGCUGGAAGCGCCGUGAAGUCUUUCGAAAGUCAGGUGCCACCUGUGGACGCUCAGACACCUAUUACCAGAGCCCCACAGGAGACAGGAUCCGAAGCAAAGUUGAGCUGACCCGAUACCUGGGCCCUGCGUGUGACCUCACCCUCUUCGACUUCAAACAAGGCAUUCUGUGCUAUCCAGCCCCCAAGAUCUCUUCCUGCUUUCCCUCUCAUUUGCAGGCCCAGCCCUUAGCUGUCCCUAGCAGGAAGCGGAAGAAGCCUUCACGGCCAGCCAAGACUCGAAAACGUCAGGUUGGACCUCAAAAGGGUGAGGUCAGGAAGGAGGCCCCAGGAGAUGAGACCAAGGCUAAUGCUGACACAGCCCCAGCUUCACUCCCUGCACCUGGGUGCUGUGAGAACUGUGGAAUCAGCUUCUCAGGAGAUGGUACCCGAAGGCAGCGGCUCAAGACAUUAUGCAAGGACUGCCGAGCGCAGAGAAUUGCUUUCAACCGGGAACAGAGGAUGUUUAAGCGUGUGGGCUGCGGGGAGUGUGAGGCCUGCCGGGUAACCGAGGACUGCGGGGCCUGCUCCACCUGCCUUCUGCAGCUGCCCCAUGAUGUGGCCUCGGGGCUAUUCUGCAAGUGUGAGCGGAGACGGUGCCUCCGGAUUGUGGAAAGGAGCCGAGGGUGUGGAGUGUGCCGGGGCUGUCAGACCCGAGAGGACUGUGGCCGUUGCCGAGUCUGCCUUCGCCCUCCCCGCCCUGGUCUCAGGCGCCAGUGGAGGUGUGUCCAACGGCGCUGCCUACGGCACCUUGCCCACCGUCUCCGUCGCCACCAUCAGCGAUGUCAACGACGCCCUCCCCUAGCUGUGGCUCCCCCUGCUGGUAAACGUAGCCGCCGUAGAGGAGGCUGCGACUCCAAGAUGGCUGCCCGGCGGCGCCCCCCCCGAACCCAGCCAUUGCCUCCAGUUCCCCUGUCACAGCCUCCAGAGUCCCCAGAGCUGCACCCCAGAGCCCUGGUCCCCUCGCCACCUGCCGAGUUCAUCUAUUACUGUGUAGACGAGGACGAGCUACAGCCUUACACCAAUCGCCGGCAGAACCGCAAGUGUGGGGCCUGUGCAGCCUGCCUACGGCGGAUGGACUGUGGUCGCUGCGACUUCUGCUGUGACAAGCCUAAAUUUGGGGGCAGCAACCAAAAGCGCCAGAAGUGUCGUUGGCGCCAAUGCCUGCAGUUUGCUAUGAAGCGGCUGCUGCCUAGUGUCUGGGCAGGAUCUGAGGAUGGGGCAGGGCCGCCCCCACCUUACUCUCGUCGAAAGAGGCCUGGCUCUACUCGAAGGCCCCGUCUGGGUCAGAUACUGAAGACCUCCUUGACCACACCCACAACCCGACCAGGCCAUGCCCAGACUCAAAUGAAACAAGAAACAGGCAGUGGCUUUGUGCUGCCUCCACCUGGCACUGAUCUUGUGUUCUUACGGGAAGGUGCAAGCAGUCCCGUGCAGGUGCCUGGCCCUGCUGCAGCUUCCACAGAAGCCCUGUUGCAGGAGGCCCAGUGCCCUGGCCUGAGUUGGGUUGUGGCCUUACCCCAGGUGAAGCAAGAGAAGGCGGAUGCCCAGGAAGACUGGACACCGGGCACAGCCAUCCUGACUUCUCCUGUAUUGCUGCCUGGCUGCCCCAGCAAGGCAGUGGACCCAGACUUGCCACCUGUGAAGCAAGAGCCACUGGACCCUGAGGAGGACAAGGAGGAAGAGAGCAAGGAUGACUCCGCCUCCGACUCGGCCCCAGAGGAGGAGGCAGGAGGGGCUGGCACACCCGUGAUCACGGAGAUUUUCAGCCUGGGUGGAACCCGCCUCCGGGACACAGCAGUCUGGUUGCCAAGGUGUGCCCCGCACAGUGAGGGGUGGUAUGGGGUUGGUGCUGGUCAGAUAUGGGCCCUGAGUGUUAAAAAUAGAGCCAGCAAUUUGGCAUGAGGCAGUGGGAGGUAGAGGCUUCUGUCACUGUGCUGAUCCCGGUCAGUGAGGGAUUAUGUGUAGGACCCUAGAGAUUUCCCCUGAGGUUCAGAUUAGGGCUUUCCUUGGGUGUAUGGGGUGGGGGCUGGGGAGUAGAGAGACAAGGGUUAGUGGAGGUUAAGGAUUUGAUGCCCUGUGAUGAGAUUUGAAAGAAAAAGAUAAAAGCCUGGUCCAUAUCUUUCUAAGAAAAUCCAGAAGGAGUCAGAUUUAAUAUAUAAAUUUUUAUCCAGUGAAUCAUCAUUUGGGGUUUUGUGGGUGUCUGGAGUCUCCAAGAGAUGACAGGUGGGCUGGAUAGUGGUGGGUGGGCAGAUCUGGGCCCUGAGAUGUGCAACUGUGCAAUCUUAGGCUAGUCCACCUCCUGGAGUGUCCUCUAUGGAGAGAGUUGGGCUGUGUUUCUUGAACCUUUCCUGAGCCUGUUGAGGUUAUUAAGAGUUUCAGCUGCUUCACAGAACUGUCCCUGCAGGCCUGGCAAUAGGAUGAAAGAUAGUUGUCCCUAAGGACAGGGCUGGUGGGAGGAGGACAGGGGAAUACUACCUCCUGCAGAAUGUUCGCAGGCUGUGUGCGUGGUCCCAGAUACAGGCGACAUAAACUGUUGGCCUAGGCACCUGGAUUCCUUUGUUCCUACAAGCUAGUUUCUGCCGGCUGGAAACUCCUGCAUCUGCCUUGGUUAGUUUGCAGGUACAGACUGAGUACCUGCUGGGUAUACUGCAGUGUGAGAGAUAACAUGAUGAAUGCAAUGACCCUGGAAGGCUUAUCCUUCAGGAGACAUGGAUUCCUGUCUUCAGGGAGCUAUCAUCUAAGGAAAUAGUUUCCUUGUGUGUGAAAUCAUUAUAUGUUAGUGGAGAAGGUAAUGUUUAGUUGUUGGUAUUGGAAUAUUUUAGCAGAGAGAUAAGAGAUAAGGGAUAAUUAUGGGGAAAUGGGUUCCAGGCACAGAAUACUAGGAAAUGGUUUUGUGAUGCUCCAUUUUACAAUGAGCGAACCUCAUUCAACAUAUAGUCCUGCUCCCUCUUCUCUAGGUCCAAGGACCUUAAAAAACCUGGAGCUAGAAAGCAGUAGACUGGAGGCUUCUGCAGACUGUAGGAUUCAAGGUGAUAAUUUACAGACUGGCUUUAUGAGAGACAACACUGAUCUACUCAGAGCUGGACCAUAGGCUGAGGGGCUUAUGUAGGAUUCAAUAGGAACUGGAAAAACCCACCACCAAACCUGAGAAUCAGGCCUGUUCAGUACUUUGAGAUUAUAGAGGAAGUAAGCAGGAAAGGAAGAGAAAGAAUAGAAAGUUGUAUCUGCUCCAACUGGUGCGAAUCUCGGGAGCUUGACUGAUGAGAAGUGUGGAUAUUAUGGGUGGGGGAUCUGGGGUGGAGAGGGGAUGUAAAAGCCACCACAAAACAGCCUAUACAAGCCAUCUUCAUAAUAAUUUUUCAAUGGCUUCUGGAUGAGACCUGGUAGUGUUUCUGAACAUUUCCAUUUCCACAGAAAGACAGCAUUUGAAAAUGUAAUGUGAAUAAAUGAGGAAAGGAACUGCUAUUUGGUUAGUUCCUCCUACUGAUCUAUUUAAUUCUCAAGUCUUUUUAGGAAGACAAUGAUUUUUGCCCAUUUUUACAUACGGGAAAACAGACUCAAAGAAAUUACAUAACUUGUCCAGUGUCAAACAGCUAGUAUCAAUAAGCAUAGAAUCAAAUCCAGGUUGUAAAAACCUUGUUGUUUAAGCCACCAAACGGUAAGCCAUAAUAACUAUAUUCGAUAAUGUGUAAUGUUAUAGUAACAGAAGUUUCCAGUGACCUUGAAAACAAGGUGGACUACUUUAAACAGAACAAAUCCUUUACACUGCUGCCUCUAGCGUGGUUUAGGGAGUGCCAAGGUUGUAUGGAUGGGGUCACCUUGUCACAACACCCUUUCAUCCAAGAGACUGGGUUCUUCCCAGGCCUUGGGUGUCGUAAAUAUUUCUCAAACACUAAAGGACAUCCUUCCCCAGUGGACACUUCGUUUUGCUUGUUGCCCUCAUUCUCCUCUGCCAAAGCAGUCUUCAGAAGUAAAGCUGCCAGCCUGGCUCAUCUUUGCUGACAACUUACCUCCCUUGCCUAUUGAUGACUUUUGUGCUUGGUUUCUGCUCUUGGCCCCUCUCUAUUAGGAGUAUGAAUUCCUGCUUCCAAGUCCUGCAUAAAGGCCAGUCUUGACUCAUCCCUGUCUCACUUCCCAGUUCUUCAUAAAGUGCCGGAAAGUUCAGGCCUGCAGUUUGUUAUGUAGCCAGCUUCACAGGGCUGUGACUGAGUGCAUGCCUCCUUAAAUUUUGUAGCUGUCUGUCUUCCCCUGCCUUUUUCUAGUCCCAGCCCCGCAGCUUUAGGUAUUUCACAUGUAGGUUAGAUAUUUCCCUACCCUUAACCCUUUCUGCCACCCUCCUCUGUUCCUUCCUUUGCCUUACCUACUUGAGCCAGAGUCAAGACUGGAUAAUUUACUGAUACUGUUUUGCCCUCCCCAGGACCCAGCCACCCAACCCUAGUAUUCUGUAAUGUCCUAAAUGAAAUUUAUAUGAUGGGCAUUCAGACUCUUCUAAGAGUCUGGCUACAGUGUGUAUCACAGUACCGUUGGAAAAGCGGCACCACUAAUUAUAUAUACAUAUGCAUAUGUAGG